AUGGACCCCCAAACCGAACCUCUAGACCUUUCAACCAAAAACCCAAAACCCAACAAAGUCCUAAGCAUCAUAGACUUCAAAUUCCUCGCAGGAUUAAACAACCACCUCGUAAAGUUGUAUGAAAGAACGAACCUAGUUUGUAAGAAAGAAGGGCUCUGUCUUCCACAGAAGGCUGUGAGCAUGAAGAAUAUUCUCCCGUGCCAGGUGUGCUUGAAGACCUUCGAUAGACCUUCGUUACUGAAGAGGCAUAUGCGAACUCAUACUGGAGAAAAACCGCACAAAUGUCCUGAGUGCGGGAAGUGUUUCACAGCCAGCUCCAACUUAUAUUACCAUCGCAUGACACACACCAAGAACAAACCCCACAAGUGCGCGUGGUGUCCGCGUUCGUUCCCCACUCCAGGCGAGCUGCGCGCGCACUGUGUGUCGCACGCACCGCCGGCCUACGCCGCGGGGCUGCCCGUGCCGCGGUACCGCGCGGCACGGCGGUACACGCCCUAG